GAACAGAGAUUUUCUAAUUUUCUCUCUCUUUAUAGUUAAUCAAAUCUCACCACAUAUUUCUCCGGUCUCUGUCCGCCUCAAAUGGCACUCUCCCCGAGGCUGGUUGUUGCAAUUAUCUGAACCCAUUAAACAAAACAGAAAUCAUAAUGGGAGAACCAGCGACGGCGGAGCCAGGCCGCCCGAGCACCGCCAGCCAAUCGUCUUCCCCGUCGAACCAUCCGCCGUCGUCCUCCUCCCUCGUCGAGCCCUCCGCCACCAAGCGGAAGGGCCGGCCGGAGAAGGUGCUCCGAGUAAUGCGGUCCGUUUUCCGGUCAUUCCCAAUCAUCACCCACCCCGUCUGCAAGUUCCCCUCCAUCCCCUACGCCGUCGGCCGAUUCCCCGACGGCCCAGUCCGCGGCGGCGGCGGCGGAGGAACCCGCGUCACGGGUACCCUGUUCGGGUACCGGAAGGGACGGGCGAGCCUCUCCGUCCAGGAAAACCCCGGGACGCUCCCGACGCUUGUCCUGGAAAUGGCGAUGCAGACCCACGCGCUGCAGAGGGAGAUGGGGCAGGGGAUGGUGAGGAUCACGAUGGAAUGCGAGAAGGCGGCGACGGCGGCGGCGACGGCGAGGGUGAAGCUUCUAGAAGAACCGGUGUGGACGAUGUUCUGCAACGGGAGGAAGAUCGGGUACGGGAAGAGGCGGGAGGCGACGGAGGAGGAUCUCGGGGUGAUGGAGGCGCUGAAGGUGGUGUCGAUGGGCGCCGGAGUGCUGCCGGGGAAAUCCGACGUGGACGGGCCGGACGGCGAGAUCGCUUACGUCAGGGCGCAUUUUGACCGGACGGUGGGGUCGAAGGACUCGGAGACACUGUACAUGAUAAGCCCCGACGCGAAUAGCGGACCGGAAUUGAGUAUUUUCUUUGUAAGGUUAUGAUGUUUAAUUACGAUUAAUUAGAUUAAUGAUUAAUCUUAAUUAUCUAAUGGGGACUAUUGGGAAGGGGAAGUUCUCCAAAUUAUGGUACAAUUUAGAGUAAUUAGAUUAGAAAAUAGUAGUAGUGCUCUAAUAAUCAUUUGAUUAGGGU